AUGUUUGAAGCAAACGAUGAUAAAUUAUGUAAAUUAUGUAGUAAGAUAUGUUUAACCUGUGUUAAUUCAAGUGAUUACUGUUUAACAUGCUCAAUAACUAAUUUUCGACAAUUUAAAGCUGGAAAUACUUGUGAAUGCAUAUAAGGAUAUUAUGAAAAUCCAAUUAAUCAAAAUUGUGAACAAUGUGCAAGUUCCUGUUUGACUUGUUCUUUAUUAUAGGAUAAUUGCUUAACUUGCAAUACUAGUCUUAAUCUAUUGUUAGUUAAUAAUCUAUGUCUAUGUUAAUAAUCCUAUUAUUUUGAUUCUUUAACUAAUUCAUGUCAAUGUAAAAAUACAAUUAUAACUAAUAGAUUGUAAUAUCACUUGUUUAGAAUGUAAAAAUAGUAGUUAAUGUGUAUCUUGUCGAUUGACAACCAGGUAUUUUGAUGAAGAGUCAAACUAGUGUUUAUGUAAAAAUGGAUUUUAUGAACACAAUUAACAAAACUGUGCUUGUAAUAAUGUAUUUAAUUGCUAUUAGAAUGCGAUUUAACAUGUGAGACAUGUGAAAUUACAAAUACAAAUUGUAUUACUUGCACAAGUGAAUUUAACAGAUAGUUAACAGCAAAUAUGUGUUUGUGCAUCGAUGGUUUUUAUGAAGCAGGAAUUGAAAAGUGUUAAAAAUGCAGUAAUCUUGCAAAACAUGUUAAUCUUCUACCUCAAAUUGUUUAUCUUGCUAUGAAAUUGAACAACAUCGGUUUUAAUACGACAAUAAAUGUUUAUGCAAACCUGGAUAUUUUGAAUAAAAUACAGCAAUCUGUUUAAGUAAUAGAUUUAUCUGAUAAAAUAGAAUGCUCAAAGGAAUGUUUAACCUGCAAAGGUUCAGCUAAUCUAUGUACAAGUUGUGAUAUUGACUCAAAGAGAAUUGAUCAAUCAAUUAUCCACAAAUGUCCUUGUAUUAGUGGAUUUUAUCAAGACGAGGGAUACAUUUGUUAAAGUAAAUCUAAAUAUGAUAAUAGAAUGUCAUAUUAAAUGCUAAUCUUGUGUAAUCGAGAGUGAUAAAUGUUUAAGUUGUAAUAUCGCAUUAAAUGCAAAUCGCAAAACUCUAUCUGGUUAAUGUGAUUGUAAAGAAGGUUAUUAUGAUGAUGGGACAUAAAUUUAAUGCUAAAAAUGUAAUUUCAAAUGUAAAACCUGUGUGCUUGAAGCGAAUUAUUGCCAAAUUUGCUAAAAUAAAUUGCGAAUGAAUCCACCAACCUGUAAUUGCAUAGAUGGGUAUUAUGAAGAUGAGUAAUUCACUUGUUAAAGUAUAUUUUACUUCUUAACAAGUUUGUUCUACUUAGUGCAAUACAUGUGAAUUUGAGCCUUCGAAUUGUUUGACUUGCAAACCAGGAAGAAUUGAUAUAGAUUGCAAAUGUAUAGAUGGAUAUUUUGAAAUUGGAUAAAUUAUUUGCCAACGUAACAAAUGAUUAUAAUUACCUUAUAGAAUGUGCAUUUUAGUGUUCUACUUGUCAUUUGGAUCCUUUAAAUUGCAAAACUUGUAGAGGUAAUCGAAUUCAGGAACCUUUUUGCUUUUGUUAAUUCGGAUAUUUUGAUGAUUACUCAAAUCAAAAUUGUUAAAAAUGUGAUAGUACUUGUUUAGAAUGUAAUAUUAACGGUUGCUAAUCGUGCUUUGGAAAUAGAUUGCUAAAUGAUGAAAAUGAUUGUAUUCCUCCACCAAACUCAAUUUCUUAUUAGACUACACCAUGGUGUUCAAGUAAAUUAUUAAAUAUAUUAAUAGCUUGUCAAAUUGCAGUUUUGAAAGCAUUUUUAUCAGAUGACCUUAAUAAGAUUAUAAUUCGUUUUGAUUUUCCAUUAAAUCCAAAAUCCUUCAAUUCAUAAUUAGAAAAUAAUAAAUGUUAUUAAUUAUUUGAGUUAGUAUCUACGCAAACAUUUGGUUAUAAUCCUACUUGCUUUAUUAACCCAUCAGAUAAUUAAGAAUUAUUGAUCUCACUAGGAGAAAACCCUAACAUCAAUGUUGGUGAUGAAAUCAUAUUUAAAAGUAACUCCAUCUCUCAUAUAGAUUGCGAAAUGGCCUUAUAACAAUUUAUUUUUACCUAAUUAUAAUCACCAAUUCAUCUACUUCUUCCCAAAAUUGAGUAUUAUGUACCUCUUCAUAAACUCAAUCCCAAUGGAGAUAAUUUAAUUUAUUUAAAAUAUAUUUAAUAUAAUGGAAAUCGAAAGCUAAAUAAAAUCAUUUGGAGAUAUGA